ACUCCAGAAUUGGCCUCUGGUACUACCGAGGGUGUUCCUCGUAGAGUUUCCAAUCCGUGUUUAUUUCUUUGUAAAGAGUGUAAUUUGUGGUUUUUUGUUAGGAUGGAUUUAGAGGUCCACAAUCAAUCAAUGCACUUGAUGAAGAUACGUCAAGAACAAGCUUUUAAGGUAGAAACAAUUGGUGCACGUUUCAUUCAAGUUCAAAACAUCAAAAAGAAGCAACCAAAAGAAGACUGUGAUUCUCAGUGCAAAGAUCCGAUAACYUCAAUUGUUGUAACUGCUGGUGAGUCUUCKCAAACAGCUGAAACAUCUUCUGGCCACAUAAAGAAGAUUGAGCUSUUUUUGUGUAAACAGUGUAACAGAUGGUUUAGUAGAAGAACAKGUUUGCAGAAACAUCAAAGGAUAGCACAUGGAAAAGGAAGCUGUGUAGAAAAACAACAGGAACAUUUAUGUGAACAACAGGAAAGGCAACAGCAAAAACAACAACAGCAAGUGAUUACCAACGAACUGCAGCAAGAGUGUGAUCAACAGGAACAACUCUGUGAACAACAGGAGCAACAGCAACUGGAGAAACAACAGCAAGUCAUUAACGACCUACAGGAAGAACACGAUCAACAAGAACCACUCUGUGAACAACAGGAACAGCAAAACCAACAGCAGCAAGUCAUUACCAGCAAACUACAGGAAGUGCAUGAACAACAAGACCUACCUUAUAGCAAAGAACAACCACAAAUAGAUAAUUGCAGCAACGGUCAAGAACAUGCUAAUGUGGACGCAACUAGUAGUUCUUCAGGCAACCCUCAAGACAUUGCGUCCAUACUCUCUCUUUGCACUGUCUGUUCAAUCUGGUACACUACAAGAAAAGAACUUCACGAACAUCAAGAGACAAAACACAAAAGUGAGACUAGAAGUUCAUCUAAACCCACUACUGAGAAUGAUGAGCCUGAAACGAACCGUCUGAAURUCACCUGUGCUAGUGCRAAUAAUCACAACGAAAUACAGAAUUUGAAAAUAGUCUUCAAGUGCGAAAUCUGUGAACUGUGUUUUACAAAUAGUCACGACUUAGAUUGUCAUUUUAAGAGGCAUGUGGAAAKGCCAUACAAGUGUGAGCAUUGCAAAACAGGAUUUGCAGAGAARACAUUUUUAGAAAAUCAUCUUGAUWGUGAAUGCUCUUACAGACCAUUURCAUGCAAUGUCUGCAAGCGRAAAUUUGACUGUGAAAAAACCCUUGAGAACCAUGGUCAAUCACAUGAUGACGGUAAUGCAAAAGAACUGUUUAAAUGUGGUAGAUGCUUGAAAGGUUUCCCAUCAAUAUCAAUACUUAAGGUUCACUUAGAAUCACAUCUCGCUGACACUACAAAGUCAUGUGCCCUCAAAUGYCAGAUUUGUCAUCAAGAAUUGGGAAACGUAGAGAAUCUUUACAAGCAUUUUGCUCAGAUGCACACUAAAUACACUAAAGGCAUAUAUAACGGUUACGAGUGUYCAAKAUGCUUUGAAAYGCUCAAUACAAAAGCUCUUCUUAUGGAGCAUUCUCGAGUUAAACACAAUUCCCAAAGAUACAAAUGCAGUGUUUGUAGUGAAACAUUCAAAACGAAUAUUCAGUUGAAGCGCCAUUUUGUUAGACACACUAAUGGAAAACCACAGUGCCCUAUCUGCAACAAGGCAUAUAAUUAUACAAGUACCUUGCAAAAUCACGUCAUGGAGCACACUGGAGAAAUCCAAAAUAAGUGCACAGUUUGUGGCGAAUCCUUCAAGUACAAGAAUCACUGCAAUUCACACAACGUUGAGAAGCGAUUUAAAUGCAAAGUUUGUGGUCGAAGCUUUAAGGAGGAGAGCAAUCUGAACAUUCACUCUUUACUGCAUAMAGCAAAUUCCCUACAGUGCACAUUUUGUAAUAAAACCUUCAAGCAUCGGCAGAGUUUGAGGAGUCAUCUCUUGUUGCACACAAAACCAUUUAAAUGCGAGAUUUGCUCUGAAACGUUUGCACACAAGKUGUCUCUGACUUCYCAUUCUUACAAGCACUCUGGAGAGAARCCACAUAAGUGUACAAUCUGCAGUAAARCGUUUGUUACAAAAACWGGUUUGAGAGAUCAUCUUAAAACUCACGACCAGGAGAGAUAUCAUUGCACACUCUGCGAYGAAAAGUUUCCAAGGAGAGCUCUCYUGAACAAGCACCAGRYAGUGCACACUGRGAAAAUAGAAUACAAGUGUCCAAUCUGCAACAAGAUCUUCAGCGAGAAUUCCAACUUUAAAAGACAUAURACAGUGCACAGUGGAGUAAGGCCAUUCAAGUGUUCAGUUUGCAAAAAACAGUAUAAAGAGAAGACCGACUUGAAAAAACACUGCCUUAAGAUGCAUAUGAAGUUGAAUAACAUGAUAUCUGUUAACAAAGGUGAGCACACGUGUCCCGUUUGCAACAAGAUCUUUGCCACGAAUGACAUUAUGAAGAGGCAUUAUAGAGUGCACAGUGGCAUAAAAAAGUUCAAGUGUACUGUCUGUGGAAAAGAGUAUUGGUGGAAAUGUAAUUUGAAAAAACACUGUCUGAAGAUUCAUGAAAAGUGGAGUGAAGAAUUCAUUGUUAUGGCGGAAAUAACAGCAGAUCAACCAACGCCUACACAAUCUGGAGCUGUGAAACGUUCAUCCGCUAAGAGGAAUUUCCAUUUAGGUGGGGUAUGCCCGAGUCUAUAA